CUCGAUUUCGCUCCCUAAGACUGUCAGAGCGACACUCAACAGCCUCGCCAGCGCUGUGAGAGGCCUUAGAGAGCCUCUGUCAGGAUCAAAAGCCCCACAUACCAUGGCGGACGAUUUCAAUCUCCAGGAGGAACUCCUCUCCCUCGCAUCAGACGUCUCGUCCUUCAACAUUGCCUCUGAACUCGAUGUGCCAUCCUUAUCGGAAUCAGCUCUCGACGCUCACCUCUCAUCGGCCAUAGAGACUGUGAUUCAUGAUCCUGAUGCCAUCUCCAAUGCCUCAAACAUCACCUUUGAUGUUUUUGCUUCAACCCUCAAACAUGCCGAAUCGCCAUGCGUGGGAGGAACUAUCAUGACAAAACUACUCGAUGUCAUUCUUUCUGGACUAGGACAGCAUACCUCGGCAGUCGUUAGUAUGACGGCUCCUGGAUCAAUGGAUGAGGAUGCGGAUGCGCCGUUGGUCCAUAAAGCUCCCUUGGAGCGAUGGGCGUUUCUGCUACAAUGGUUUGUUGCUGUCGCUGAGAAGGGUGCUGGAAGAGCAGGCGAGGAAGUUGCACGGCCGAAGAAAGGAAUGGGCAAGAAGAAGUCUUCCUCAUCGACCACGUCAUUCGUCUGGGCGGACCAUCUUCCUCCGGUUCUUGGAGCCAUGCAUCGAGCCCUAAGACUCCCCACUUCGCGGAUUUGGAGAACAACGUCGGAAAAGGAAGCGUUCAUCUCGUGCUUUGUCAGGCCAGCAUACCAACUUUGCGAGUCGGAGCAGCAUCUCAAAUCUCAGGACAUUCGACUUGGUGUCUACAAGGUCAUCUGUCUUGCCGUUAAAUUCCAUGGGCACGCCUUUGGAGCCCAAACCUCCGUCAUUCAGAAUCUGACUUACUUUGAGCACUUGUCCGAACCCAUGGCGGAGCUUCUAGCAAUUUUGGAAAAGGAAUUCGAUUUCCCUCAGCUAGGCGAAGAGGUAUUGCGUGAGGUCUCGAGCAAGACAUUUGCGCACAAUGAUGCCAAGGGUCCAAGGAGCUUUUCCCGAUUCUUGGUCCGACUUGCAGAAUUGUCUCCACGAGUCGUCCAGAAACAGAUGCCACUGCUCCUUGCGCAUCUCGAUAGCGAAGCGCAUCCCAUGCGAAUGGCUCUGGUCGAGAUCAUCGGUCUGCUCAUCAAGGACAUCUCCUCGUCUGACGAGGGGGACGAAGAGCAGAAGAAGAAGCAGAUCAAGCGGUUCUUCGGUCUGCUGAUGGAAAGAUACCUCGACCUCAACUCUUGGGUCAGAUGCAAGGUCCUGACGACGAUAAUCAAGCAGUGCGACCUGCCCACCAAAUUUCCGAAACAGAGAGCUCAAAUCACUGAGCUCACUAUUCGGACACUCGAGGACAAGACGUCUUCCGCCAGACGAUAUUCCAUUCAACUCUUGUGCAAACUGCUCGAGACCCAUCCAUUCGGUGCAUUGCAUGGUGGCACACUGAAUCUUGAAGAAUGGCAAGAAAGGUACGAUAAGGUCUGCGAGGAGCUGAAAAAGGUGGACACCAUCGAGAUGGAAAAGGCUAGGAGAGAUGCAGGGUUGUCCGAAGAUGAGGACUCGGACGAGGAAAACGUCAAAGACGAAGCCGAAGAAGGGGGAGAGGACUCCGCCGACAAGUCUGCCGAUACAGAAGAGCCUGGCUCGGCAACUAAUUCGCCCUCCAGGAAGAAGAAACCUCGAGUCUCAGCUGCGGACCUGGCAGCCGUAGCGGCCGAGCAGACUUCCCUCGACCCUGCCCUUGUCACCAAGCUUCGACUCACCAAAAAGUACUACUCGGAUGCCUUAAAGUUCAUCAACCAGAUUGAGUCUGCUGUGCCUACGCUGUGUCAGCUCCUGGUCUCGACUACGAAGACAGAAGUAUUAGAGUCCAUGCGGUUCUUCAGAACUGCCUACGAGUACAACAUAUCGAGCGCUGAAACUGGCAUCAAGACAAUGCUGCACCUCAUCUGGACCAAGGACAACAACACGACUUCGUCAGUGGAAGAGGGGAUGGACGGGCGUGGUAUCAGGGCGAGCUUGAUCGAAGUUUAUCGCAAUCUGUACUUUGACGUAGUCCCGGAUCUGGCACCAAAACAACAGGUCAAUCGAAUCGCCAAGAACAUGAUCGAGCGUACCUACGGCGCUACACUGGCCGAGCUCACCAGUCUUGAAGAAUUGAUGAGAACUAUGGUAGUGGAUGGCGGUGUUCACCCGGAUGUCAUCAACAAGCUUUGGCAAGUUUAUAGCACCGACCAGGAGAUUCCCAAACCUCAGCGUCAAGGCGCGAUCAUCAUCCUCGGCAUGCUGGCCAUUGCCAGGCGGGAGGUGGUCAGCGAGAGAGUGGAACCGUUAUUGAAAGUCGGUCUGGGACCACAUGGGAUGAACGACCUUGUGCUGGCUAGGUAUACGUGUAUCGCCUUGCAGAGACUCGGAGGGAGCGCGAAGAAGGUUAAGGGAUCUCUUACCGACAAGACGAUGCGACUACCGAUGGAUAGCCCCAUCUUCCUCAAGCUGCAAGAGAUGAUUCAGAACGCGCCGCAGUCUCCGCAAUGGUUCGGACUAGCCGAGCAGGCGAUCAACACUAUUUAUCUCUUGGGAGAGCAGCCAGAUGCUCUUUGUGGGCAGAUAAUCAAGAACCUCACCAACCGAGUUUUCUCCGCACCAUCGUCAUCUUCUGCACCACCGCCAGACACGGCGGACAGCAUGAAUGCUGGAACUGCUGAAGCGGAAGCGUCUCCGAUUCCCUCCGGCGACAGCUUGGCUCCUCCUGCCUCUGGCCCGAUUUUUCCUGCCCCAGGGACCCCAGCGCGAGACUUGGACUUUUCCGUUCCCACGCCUCAGAAGUCGACUGGCAUGUCGCGCUCGGAAUCGCAACAGAGUGCGGCAGGAGAUGGCACUCCGGCAUUCAACCUCGCUCAACUCGUGUUCGUCGUCGGACACGUCGCCAUCAAGCAUAUCGUCUAUCUGGAAUUGGUGGAGCGAGAAUUCAAGCGUAGGAAGGAUGAAAAGGCAAAGGAAAAAGCAGCCGAAAAGGCUGCAGACAAAGACGGGAAUGACCUUGACGCAGUCGCCGGCAACGCCGAGGAUGACAUUGGCGACCUCAUCAGCUCUAUCCGAGAGAAGGAGUUGCUGUAUGGGGAACACAGUCUGUUGGCUAUGUAUGGACCGAUGAUUGCCCACAUUUGUGCCAGUCCAAAGCGAUAUAGAUCCCCUGCCCUUCGCCAAACGGCCACUUUGGCCUUGACUAAGCUCAUGUGUGUCAGUGCCCAAUUCUGCGAGGCGCAUCUCGAACUCUUAUUCAAGAUCCUGGAGACCAGCAAGGAUCCCAUUGUGAGGAGCAAUAUUGUCAUUGCUCUCGGAGACUUGGCAGUUUGCUUCGGAUCGAUCAUCGAUGAUAACUCGGACAGACUAUAUCAUGGUCUUGCUGACCCCGACCUGGUGGUCAAGAAGAACACGCUCAUGGUUCUGACGCAUCUCAUCCUGAACGGAAUGAUCAAGGUCAAAGGUCAGCUCGGAGAGAUGGCCAAAUGUCUGGAAGACCCAGAUCAGAGGAUAUCCGACCUUGCCAAACUCUUCUUCACCGAAUUAUCGACCAAAGACAAUGCACUUUACAACAACUUGCAGGAUGUCAUUUCGCACUUGUCGAUCGGCGCACAUGCUGUCGACGAAGACACGUUUGAGCGGACAAUGCGGUUCAUUUUCACCUUUAUUGAGAAGGAGAAACAGGCUGAAGCCAUCGUGGAGAAGCUGUGCCAGCGAUUCAGGCUAGCGACAGAUGAGAGACAAUGGAGAGACAUUUCAUUCUGUCUCUCGUUGUUGCCAUUCAAGUCUGAGCGAUCGAUGAAGAAGCUCAUCGAGGGUUUGCCGUUCUACCAAGAUAAACUUCACGAGCCAGUCCUCUACAGCAGAUUCCAGGAGAUCCUGAGCAAGGCGCGAGCAAACAAGAGUCCAAAUAGACCCGACACAGAGCUUAACGAGUUUGAAGCGAUUUUAGCUGAGCAUCAAGCGAAGGGUCUCGAAGAACAGGCUCUUGAAGCCGAUGUGCUGAAGAAGACUAAGGCUGCAAAGAGGCGAGCUGCUAAGCGUCCUCCUGCCAAGUCUAGGAGAAGAACGAUGCCUGGAGACGACGAUGACGACGACGAUGAAGAGGAUGAUAACGGUGUGGACGCUGAGACCGCGGCAGAUACAAGUGCCAAGCGUGGCACACGGGGAACGGGAGUGGCAAUGAAGCAGAAAGCGGCUCCACCAAGACGAGGUGGGCGUCGAAAAGUCGUCGAGAGUGAUGAUGACAGUGACGAUGACUGAGUGCCGAAGAGUGAUUGUAUUCCUUGUAUACGGACCAUUGCAUCCCAUGACUGUGC